UUCUGACGGGUGGGUGGAGGCCAAAUUUUGAUGUCCAGGCACAGCGCAAGGGUGCAGAUUACGAAGGGGCCUGACCCCGAUUAAAUCGGGGGCUGUGGCGCCUCCCCUUUAAUAGCCCGAACGUCGCAACUUACUACGAAAGGGCCUUAGGGGGUGCCUCACAUUCUGGCGGAGUGUGGGGCCCUGAAAAUGCGAGGGGCCGGAAGGGCCCCCACGCGAACGUCGCGCCAGUCUAGGUUGGCACUUACCAUAUCCCGUCGGCGGGAUAUGUUAUACGGCACUUACCCGAGGGGUUAUUAACCCCAAUCGUGGCCCGGGGUCAGUAACCCGGGUAAUUACCCGUUAGUACGGG